AUGGCCUUAACGCACGAUGACUACACAGUCGCGUGGAUAUGCGCCCUGCCGUUGGAGAUGGCAGCGGCAAGCGUCAUGCUGGGCAAGACUCAUAAUCUCCUGCCUAAGCCUUCCACUGAUCCGAAUGCAUACGUCCUUGGUGAAUUGAACGGCCAUUAUAUCGUGAUUGCCUGUCUACCAGAUGGCAUAUAUGGGACCAUAUCUGCUUCCACAGUCAUGGCUCACAUGGUCUCGACCUUCCCACGGGUCCAGUUUGGCCUGAUGGUGGGAAUCGGAGGAGGGGUGCCUAGUACCAGCCAUGACAUCCGCCUGGGUGAUGUGGUCGUCAGCAAACCAGUCGGAAGAUACAGCGGAGUGAUCCAAUAUGAUUACGGCAAGGCAGUUCAAGGCGGACAAUUCGAGCCGAUAGGCACGUUAAACAAACCACCACAGACCCUUCUGACACAUGUGGCUCACCUUGAGUCGAGGGAGAUGAUUAGAAAAGAGGGUGCUAUUUCGACAAUAGUGCGGGAUGUACUGGAUCGAAAUCCUGACAUGAAAGACCGAUUUUCGCCCCCUAAUCAGGAAUCUGAUUAUCUAUUCCGUUCCUCGUACCGUCAUGCCGACCCAAAAAGCAACUGCGAAAAGUGCGACAAAGACCAAUUAGUCUGCCGACUGCCGCGUACACCCAACACACCUCAUAUCCACUAUGGAUUGAUCGCAUCUGGAGAUCAAGUGAUGAAGGACUCUGAAGCUCGAGACGGUCUCGCUCAACGGCAUGGCAUACUCUGUUUCGAGAUGGAGGCAGCAGGCCUUAUGGACGGGCUUCCGACCCUGGUGAUCCGCGGGAUAUGCGACUACUGCGACUCUCAUAAGCAGAAAGAGUGGCAGGGAUAUGCGGCUUUGACAGCAGCUGCCUAUGCGAAAUGGUUGCUGUCGGCCAUGCCCGUCUCUCUCAUGACUCAGGGCUUGGCAAAGAACAACAGCAGAAUGGGUCACUAUAUGGUCCCACUGGGAAGGAAUCCGCGAUUCGUUGGUCGUCAGAACGAAAUCACCAGACUACAAGAGCUAAUUACAAUGAAAGACGGGCCCAGAAAAGUUGCUAUUACAGGUUUAGGAGGGGUUGGGAAAACCCAGGUGGCCUUGGAGCUCGCAUACCGCAUACGGGAUCGAGAUACGGAGUGCUCGAUCUUCUGGCUUGCAUGCACUAGCUAUGAGGUGAUGGAGCAGACGUACCUGAAUAUCGCGCAAGCUGUUGGACUUCCUGAUGUGAAGCCGGCAGAAGUUAAGGCGCAAGUCAAAAGAUACCUCAGCUCCAAGCAGGCUGGGAAGUGGCUUCUGAUCUUUGACAAUGCUGAUGACAUGGACAUGUGGCUGUCAGAUGAUCGCACAGGUCCAGCUCUUGAGGACUUUCUCCCUCAGAAUGAACAAGGCCGCAUUCUGUUCACCACAAGGAACCGGAAACUUGCUGUGGAGCUAACAUCCUCCAAUAUCAUUUCUAUUCCAGAUGUGGAUGAGGACACUGCGUUGAAAAUUCUCGAAAGGUCACUGGUCGAUAAGGGUCUGCUUCAGGAUCAUCCCACAGCAGUUGCUAUUCUGGAGAAACUGGCGUUUCUGCCGUUGGCGAUCACGCAGGCAUCGGCUUACAUUAAUAAAAAUGGCCUGAACCUGUCCACCUACUCUGCGCUUCUACAAGAACAGGAGCCAGAGGUAGUGGAACUCCUGAGCGAAGACUUCAAGGAUGAAGGACGCUAUAAGGACCUCCAGAACCCAGUGAUUACCACGUGGUUGAUCUCAUUCAAACAGAUCCAACGCCAGGACCAACUGGCAGCCGACCUUCUAUCUUUCAUGGCCUGUAUCAAUCCACGAAACAUCCCUCAGUCCCUUCUUCCCAUGCCAAAAUCCCGGAAACGCGGAAUUGAUGCUUUGGGACUUCUGAAUGCAUACGCGUUUACCAACAGGCAAGAUACGAGCAUAAACCUACAUAGGCUUGUGCAUAUUGCGGCAAGGAACUGGUUGAAAAAGAAUGCACUGUUUAGUCACUGGAUCCAGAGGGCCGCUGAUCAGAUACGCAAGGUGUUCCCAGAUGAUCACUAUACAAAUCGAGAACUCUGGCGAGAAUACCUCCCACAUGCCUUAUCUCUUGCAUAUGAAGACGAAUUCACAGCACAGUGGAAAGAGUAUAUUGAUUUGAUUCAGAAUAUUGCAGAUUGCCUUUACCAAGACGGGAGAUGGAAUGAAGCAGAGGUGCUAUACACCGAGCUAAUACGGAUCAACCAGGAGGAAACUGGGCCCUAUCAUCCCUCUGCUUUUACCGGUAUGGACGGCCUAGCAUCAACCUACUGGGCGCAGAAACGAUGGAAUGAAGCUGAAAAGCUUUUGUUGCAAGUAAUAGAGAUGAGGAAGGCUGUGCUAGGGGCUCAACAUCCUGAUACUCUUUCUAGCAUGGCGGAGCUAGCAUUAACCUACUGGGCGCAGGAACGAAUAAGUGAAGCUGAGAAGCUUGGGUUGCAGGUAUUAGAGAUGAGGAAGGCUGUGCUAGGGCCUGAACAUCCUGAUACUCUUUCUAGCAUGGUGCACCUAGCAACAACCUACCAGGCGCAGAAACAAUGGGAUGAAGCUGAGAAGCUUGGGUUGCAAGUAUUAGAGAUAAGGAAGACUGUGCUAGGGGCUGAACAUCCUGAUACUCUUCAUACUGUGGAAAACCUAGUAUCAACCUACUGGGCGCAGAAACAAUGGGAUGAAGCUAAGAAGCUUGGGUUGCAGGUAUUAGAGAUGAGCAAGACUGUGCUAGGGCCUGAACAUCCUGAUACUCUUCAUACUGUGGAAAACCUAGUAUCAACCUACUGGGCGCAGAAACAAUGGGAUGAAGCUGAGAAGCUUGGGUUGCAAGUAUUAGAGAUAAGGAAGACUGUGCUAGGGGCUGAACAUCCUGAUACUCUUCAUACUGUGGAAAACCUAGUAUCAACCUACUGGGCGCAGAAACAAUGGGAUGAAGCUGAGAAGCUUGGGCUGCAAGUAUUUGGGAUAAGGAAGACUAUGCUAGGGGCUGAACAUCCUGAUACUCUCUAUACCAUGGCAAACCUAGCAUCAACCUACGGGGCGCAGGGACGAUUAAAUGAAGCUGAGAAGCUUGAGUUGCAAGUAUUAGAGAUGAGGAAGACUGUGCUAGGGGUUGAACAUCCUGAUACUCUCCUCAGCAUGCACAAUCUGGCCUGUACCUGGAAAUCACAAGAAAAGCUGCAAGACGCCUUGGCCCUAAUGGGAAAAUGUUCUGAGCUUUGCAACAGAACAUUGGGGCCAGAUCAUCCGCUUGCCAUAUCCUCCUCAAGCGCUCUCAAUGACUGGAAGGGCAUCCAUGAUUCAUUACCAAACGAAAGUCCCCCGAUGGCGACCAGUCAACCUGAGCGCUCACACAAUCUGCCGGAAAUCGCAGCAAAACAUACAGCAGCUGCGUCGAUCGCUCAGCCGCUCUAUGAAAAGCGCAUCGAGUCACCUCAUACGCCGAGACGGUCCGCUGCAAAACUAUUUCUGGGAGAUCAUCCCCUUCUCAUAGCUUGCAGAAGAACCUCAACCGCGCCGGAAGGUCAGGACCUACAAGAAAUAGAUUGA